UUUGAUUAUGAAGUGGCUUCCCCCAGUUUUCCAAUCUUGUCUCGUCCUUUUCCUUUCCUGUCUGAGCAUUGCUAAUGCUACCUCACUUGAAAUAAAAAGGGACGAAUCUUCUCUUCUUGCUUUCAAAGCCCUCGUCACUUCAGAUCCUCACAAUGUUAUAAAGCAAAGUUGGAGCACUCGGACCCAUUUUUGCUCAUGGAUAGGAGUCACUUGUGAUUCCCAUGGCAUUAGGGUGACUAGAGUAAAUAUCUCGAAUAUGGAAGUCGAAGGCAGCAUCCCACCCGAAAUCGGAAAUCUUGAUUCUCUGAUUUCUCUUGAUCUAAGCGGAAACAAUCUUCAUGGUCCUAUUGCUCCAUCAAUCUUCAAUCUAACGGCAAUCGAAUCUAUUCAUUUGUCCAUUAAUCUAUUCUCGGGUACGCUUCCAAACGACAUUUGCACGCACAAAAGGCUUCAAAAACUCAAACUGCUUGAUCUAUCCGUCAACGAUUUGAAGGGAGAUAUACCCUCGAGUUUGGAUCAAUGCCCACAGCUUGAGAUAAUAAGGCUUCAAAACAACUACUUCAGUGGACAUGUACCCAGAGAAAUUGGGAACAUCACACAGCUUAAGGAAUUAAACCUCUAUAGAAACUAUUUAAGAGGAGUUAUUCCAGAAGAGAUUUAUCAUCUUCAUAAUUUACAAAUGUUGGAAUUGGGGUACAAUGAGUUGUCAGGCCCUUUGUCACCUGCUAUUGGAAAUAUGAGCAUUACAAGACUUAAGCCUUGGCCACAAUGCUUUAUCCGGCCCAAUACCUUCUACGAUUGGAAAUCUAUCAAAUAUGAAGACCAUAGUUCUCUCUCACAACACAUUAGAUGGACUCUUACCGCCGUCCAUAUUCAACUUGACUUCCUUGGAAAAUUUAAUUUUAGAAGGUAACAAAUUUAGUGGGGCAUUGCCUUCGGAAAUUCAGAACAUGAAAGAGAUGAAGGCUUUGUAUCUUCGGAACAUUUCUUGUACUGGUCCAAUACCGCCUACCAUUGGAAAUUUAUCAAAGUUGAUGCUCUUAGAUCUCUCUUACAAUAAUCUAAGUGGUCCAAUACCAUCCACAAUUGGAAAUCUUGCCAAUUUACAACAUCUUAAACUCGCAUCGAACACAUUAAGUGGUCCGAUACCAUCCACCUUUGGAAAUCUAUCAAAUUUGUUUACUCUAGACCUCUCUUGGAACAAAUUAAAUGGUGUAUUACCAUCCAACAUUGGAAAUCUAUCAAGUUUGACAUCUCUACAUGUCACGUCCAACAAAUUAAAUGGUAAAUUACCAUCUAGCAUUGGAAAUCUGUCAAAUUUGAUGUCUCUACAACUCACUUCCAACAAAUUACAUGGUGAGCUUUCAUCCUCCAUUUGCAAUAUAACAACUCUUCAAAUUCUUAUUCUCUCAGAUAACAGUCUGUCAAAAACAAUUCCACGAUGCUUUGGAAAUAUGGAUAAAUCAUUGGUCAUCUUACAUUUGAAUGGGAAUCAGUUUAGUGGCCCGAUUCCAACAUUUAGCAAGGGUUGUAGUCUCACGUCCAUCAAUUUGAGUGGUAAUAAAUUGCAAGGGGAAUUACCUGAAUCCUUAAUCAACUGCAAAAGCCUAUUGGGCAUCGACGUUGGAAAUAAUAGAAUACAUGGAGAAUUUCCAUACUGGAUGGAAGCCCUUCCUCAAAUUCGGGUGCUCAUCUUGAGGUCUAACAAGUUUGAUGGUAACAUAUCACUGACUUCUUCAGGACCUGACCUUCCAUUUCAUGAUUUGCAAGUUUUAGAUAUAUCUCAUAAUGCAUUUGCGGGCGCUCUACCUAUCAAGAAUUUCAAAGCAAUGAUAAACAUGACCGAUAAAAGUUAUACUUUAGAGACUUAUGCAUUUACAAGGUAUGUGCGGAUGAGAAUCACUUUGAAAGGCCAGGAUCAAUUAUUGCAAAGACUGCUGGAUGCCUUUACGAUGAUUGACUUAUCCUCUAAUAAAUUUUCUGGAAGUAUUGCACAAUCAAUAGGAAAUCUUAAGUAUCUCAAAUACUUAAACUUGUCACAUAAUAACCUUAUAGGAAAUAUACCUUCCUCUCUUGCAAACAUGAGUGAACUUGAAUCCUUGGACUUGUCAUCAAACAAUCUGGACGGAGUAAUUCCAAGUGAAUUGACAAGGUUGACAUUUCUUACGAAAUUAAACCUUUCAAUGAAUAAUCUAGUGGGACUGAUACCACGAUCUAACCAGUUUUCUACAUUUGAGAAUGAUUCGUAUGUAGGAAAUUUGGGGCUAUGUGGAGUUCCGUUGACGAGAAAAUGCAAGAGUGGGCCAAAAGAAGAACUUGAAGAUGAAGAAGAAGAAGAAGAUGGAUAUUUUAUAGAUGGAUUUGGGUGGAAAAGUGUAGUGAUGGGGUAUGGAUGUGGACUCAUAGUUGGAAUUGGUACAGGUUGUUGUGUUUUUCGAUAUGGAAAGCCAAGAUGGUUGGUUGAAUUCUUCUCUAGCGUUGGAUAUGAUAAGAAGAGAAAGAGACGCAACAGAGCCACACCAACACAGAGGAGAAGUUGAUUCAAAACAGAAGGUUGUGCACUUCUUUUGAUAGUGCUCUUGCUCAUGUUCUUUCCAUGCUCGUUUCUUUGUUUUCUUUUCGGUUUUUAUAUAUCCUAAUCCUAUUGAUUUCGACCAUAGAGAGCUUGUGCUUGAGUUGUUUCUUUCUUUUAUGUUUUGAUUUUGCAUAAUAAUACACAUUAAAUAUAUUUGACUUUUUAAUCUUGAAUUCGACCAUCUUUCGUCAUUUAUUUGACGAUUUACC